AUGCGGCUCAAUGAAGUGAAUAAUCUGUGUCACCGAUACCAUACCAAGAACAUUACGGUUUGUGCUUGUUCCUCAUACGAUCGAUGUAACAGCCCCACCGUGCCCAUGAGCAAGUUCGACUUCACCGACCAACCCAUACUCGAUGAGGAACUUCCAUCAGAGAUCUUCAACAUCAGGACUGAUGAUAUCAACUUUCGGCACUUAACGCAGACAAGCAACGAGACAAAUAACGAGAAACGCGAAGUAGAUUUGUCUAUCAAUGACAACGAUGACAACGUUGUUGUCGUGCAGCAAGAAACACUAGAGCAUUUAAAUGAGGAUUCAUCUGAUGGUGUUCAGGUGGGUGAGGUGGUGGGCAAAGACCCUGUGAUAGUGGACCAGGAUGCGGACGUCGCUUUCGACUGGGAUUAUUUCAUGAAUAAUAGUAAUAACAGGAAUAAUGACGAUAUAGGUAGAAGAUACAAUGUGAACAAUGAUGAACAAUCAGAUGAAGAUGAUGACAGUGGAAAUCAGCAACGUAUUGAUUACAACGAUCAAUCUGUCGACGACGAUGGAGAUACGAAAGAGAGCGGUGAUAAUAUCAGUAACAACGAUAAGGAUAUGAACAGUAUGGAUAUUAUCACCAAUGAUAAUUAUAGUAAUGCUAUAAACGAACUAGUCGCAGCAACGGAGGGUUUCCCAGAGGAUUAUUCAGAACAGCAAUUUGAUGAACAAUUAAUAAAUCAUUUGAAAUUAAGAUCAUCAAAGUUAUCACAAAAUCACAACUCUAAUGAUAACAAUAUUAACGAUAGUAAUAAUGAUAAUAACAACAGGAUGCAACCGAAAGCACGUGAAACGAACAACAUGCAUAGCAGCUCACCAUCUAUGAGUUGCCACUAUUGUUUUAAUUUAACGCCACUAAUCAUUACUAUUCUCCAAAUGAUUAUUCAUAAUUUAUGA